AUGAGUAAUGGUACGAGCGGUACACUGUUGAGUCAAUUGUGGCAACCUGGGGAUCUUGAGAUAGAUCAGCAUCAAAAUCUAUAUAUUGCUGACACUUUUAACACUCGUAUUGUAAAAUGGUCACAAGGUGCCACACAAGGUGAACUGGUGACCGGUAGUAAUUUCAUUGGCAAUGGCCCUUCUCUACUAAAUUAUCCUUAUGUAUUAUAUUAUCCAUCAAAUUUAAGAAUUGAUCUCAAUGAUCAACUCUAUGUUCUAGAUAAAUACGAUGCACGUAUAUUGAGGUUUAAUCUGAGCGAUCUAUCAACCUUACCAGCACCAUUAAAUGGCACAACAAUUCUAAGUUUUACUGAUGACCAAUGUAUGUCUAUGUAUUUAAAUAAGCAAACAGGUGAUAUCUAUGUUUGCGAGCAGUCCAAUGCACGUAUUGUUUUAUGGAAACAAGGAAAUAGUAGGGACUAUGUAGUUGUUGCGGGUGGUAAUGGGAAUGGCGGUAAUCAAAAUCAAUUCAAUCAACCAAGUGGUGUCUAUGUUGAUGAGCGAACAUUAACCGUUUAUAUAGCUGAUACCUAUAAUAAUCGGAUACAAAAAUGGCUCGAAAAUUCCACAACAGGUAUCACUGUAGCAGGUGUCGAAGAUAUCAGUUCGGGAACACAACAAAAUCGACUUCAGCAACCCAGGAGUGGUUUGAUUGUUGAUCAAGAAGGAAACUUAUACAUAAGCGAUACCAAUAAUCAACGUAUACAACAAUGGUUAGUAAACGCAGCUGAGGGAAGAACAAUCGUGGGUAGUGAAGAUGGUAUUAGUGGUGUAGAUUCCAAUAAAUUAAACACACCCAUGGGGAUUAGAUUUGAUUGGCAAUAUAAUUUAUAUGUUGCUGAUAGUGUUAAUAAUCGUGUUCAAAAAUUUAAUUUAAUUGAUAAUGGUUGUUAA